CUAGACCAAAAGAUGUGUAAAAUUAUAUUUCAUAUAUUGAUAUAGGUACAUAUAGGUGAUAAACAUUUGACAGUAGUCAGCAGCUAUGAUAAUACACAUCCUGUCUUUAAUCGUAUUCAGUAGAGAAAUAUCAAAAGGUUUAUCGUGCAAAACAACCGAAUUUGAAUGCGACAAUGGAAACUGUAUUAGAAAAGAAUUAAGAUGUGACGAUGGAUUUGAUUGUGACGUCUUUCCAUUCGAGGACACAUCAGACGAAAAAAAUUGUACAAUCAUCGAUCCGCCUUGUCCAGAAGGAGGAUUUAAGUGUCCUUCUGGAGACUGUGCAGGCACCGAGGCUGAAUGCCCUCAGAGUUCGUCAAUGUUAUCAGCGUCGACAACGUCGGCAAUAUAUACUGAAUCCACAAUCCAAUCAUUAGUGAACGUAUUUUCCGUAUCCACAGCAGCAUUAUUAAUUGAAUCAUCUUACUCACAAUAUGUCCUCGAAUCCGCUGUAUCAUUAUCUACAGAAGAAACUGUGUUGGUUUCAUUGUCAAAUUCACAGUCAAUUGUGGCAGUUUUUAUUACACAAAGUGUUUCAAGUUCACCUCUUGAAUCAAACAUAUCUAUCGAACCAGCAUCGUCAUUUCAUUCUACUGAAUCAGUAGUUCCUUUGUUAUCCGAAUCGUCAGGGUUAUCAAUGUAUACCGACUUAACAGGUUCUUUUCACGAUUCUACAGAGUUAACAGUUAUGACCGAAUCUACAGCAGAAAUAUUGUCUAGCGAUUCACAGCUUCCCGUUGAAACAACAGUUCAAUCUUUUUUCUCAUUGGCAGAAACAUUGGUAUUGUCAUUACUUUCUAUCAAAUCAACAAAUUCAUCCAUAUUGUUUUUUGAACCAACAACAUCAAUAGUUUCAUCGGAACAAAUAGUUCCAGUAUCAACCACUGAUUUGUCACUUUUUACUUCGAUAAUAACUAAACAAACAAUAUUACCAUUUUCUAUAGAACAAACAGUUCAAUUGUCGUCGAAUAUUCAAACAGUUCAACUAUCAUCAACUGAACCAACAUUUCAAUUAUCAACGUCUGAAUCAAGUAUUCAAUUAACAUCGACUGAAUCAAGUAUUCAAUUAACAUCGCCUGUAUCAACAGUUAAAUUGUCAUCAACGGAAUCAACAUUUCAGAUAUCAUCAACUGAAUCAACAUUUCAGUUACCAUCGACUGAAUUUACAGUUCCAUUAUCAUCAACGGAAUCAACAGUGGUAUCUUCAGUGCCAAUUGAACAAACAAUGUUAUUACUUACAGAAUCAUUAGUUUUCGCAUCAUCGCCUGAAUCAACAGUUCAGUUAUUAUCGACUGAAUCAGCGGUGCUGUCUUCAAUGUCAAUUAAACAAUCAACAUCAUCACUUGCUUCAGAAUCAACAGUUCUUUUUUCAUCGACAGCAUCAACUAUGUUGUCCACACCAACACUAACCACAACACCACCAAUUGACGGUAAACAACCAGACGAUACAAAUGAUCCAGAGUUUUCUUCGCUUUCUGUUGUCAUUGUUAUAGCUAUAGUGUGUACCCUUUUAAUUCUAUUGGUUGUUACAGUGCUAAUAAGAAGUUCAAAUAUGAGGAACAUUAACUCAAAAUUUAAUAGAAACUCAUUGUACCAUAGCGCUGAUUCUAAACACACAGUCACCACUACGAUGACAUUUGAAAAUCCAAAUUUCUUUCAAAUGGCUACAGCUUACAAUGCAAAAAUAAAUUAUCCCGGUGACCCAUGCCGAGGCUAUACACCAACUGACGAUUUUUGGUAUAAAAGGUGACCAGGACAAGAUUAAGCGAUUGAUAACGAGAGCAGAGAGCCGCAUCUUUUAAUCAUUCAAGUUUUCGUUUUCAAAGUAUAACGCUUAUGAUGCAUAACAAAAGACAACACAAAACCAGUGAUUUACCAAUCGAAACUGAUUUCUGAUUUCUUAAUUAAGAUCCAUCAGCUAGUUAAACAUCAAGGAGUAUAGUUUAAUGACAAAAGCAUGAUGCGUAACGCAUGUUAUAUCUGAGUGUUUAAAUUUAUAAGCAAUGUAUCUAAAACUCAACGUUUAAUACUACAUUUUUGAAGGUUAAACAUAUUUUCGUUUUAAAGCAUAUUUUGUUUUCAUCAUUUUAAUGGGGAAAAUAUUGACAAAAAUGCCGUUUUGACAUCAAUAAUGCCUUCGGAUCGAUGACCAAUGUUACUCGGCUGCAAAAUUAAUACUACUGUUUUGUUAAGUCUAAGGUCAACUUUAACAAAUUAACAAUGAAUUGAUUUCUAAAUUUAAUAUACAUUGGUAAAACUAUUGUGUCGUUUAUUUUAAAUGUAUGUACUUGUUUUUUUAUUUAUCUAUCGCCUCACCAUCUGUUAUACUUUUGUGCGACUAAUCAA